AUGGUGCUGUUCUGCAACGUUACUCAAUUCCGCAAAACGUCGAAUCAAUGCAAAUCAAUUCCAAUUGGUGAUAUAUUUGCUGGCCGUGGAUUAUGUGAACCCGCUGUCGAUUGCUAUAUUCGUACUGGCCUUCCUCGAAAAGCAAUGAGUUGUUGCAUUGAUCACAACUUUUGGGAUCGCGCGAACAAAAUAGCGAAAGCUCACAAUCUUGAGGAUGUUGAAUCCAUGUUGGCCAAAUAUGCAGAACGUCUCGUUGGGAUGGGCAGCAACGAAAAAUCCAUGGCGGCUUGCCAGCUUUAUAAAAGGGCUGGAAGAUUUAUGGAUGCCGCUAUACUGGCGUUUGAGAUUGCUUGGGAUGAACAGAAAAGGAAUGCCCCUUACACUCGUUUGAAAAAGAUACAUGUGAUGGCAGCUCUAUUAGUUGAGCAACAGCGAAAUCAACGGAAUCAGGGUAAAAAUAAAAUUGAUGCCACACAAAUUCUUGAGGAAACAUUGAAUGAGGAAAUGGGCUUGUCAUUAGAAGAAUCAAAAAUAAUGGAAACGGCUUGGAGAGGAGCUGAGGCAUAUCAUUUGAUAUUACUGGCUUAUCAAUAA